AUGCCAAGAAAACGCAAAGGGGCUGAUUUGAGCCGCAGUACAAGUAAAGCUCGAAACUUGCGAAAUAACAGAUCCGAAAGAAUAGAAGAACAAAUCCAGCAACAAAAUACUGAUGCACGUGUCAGAAUGGCGCAAUUGCAUCAAGAAGAGCCAGAAGAUACACGAGCUGAACGCAAUGAAGUCAGAAGAUUAGAACAAAGACAAUCACGCCGCUUCACAGUCAAAAGACGAAGAACAAAUGACCAACAACGACAACAGGUACAUCGAGCAUUUAUAUCUGAUUCAUUCCCGCGUCUAGCAUUCCAGUAUGAGCCCGAUAUUAAAUAUUAUGCUCAUUCAAAAGUGGUAAUUGGUGCUAUGGACAAGGAAUGUCCGCAUUAUCAUGCUCUGAAAUUCAAAAAUGAGCCAGCUGGGAUGUGUUGCGCGUCAGGAAGAGUGCAACUACCUGAAAUUGAAACACCACCUGAACCAUUGAUCGGUUUACUCAUCGGCACGGAUCCAGAUUCUAACGAGUUCCUGAAGUCAAUUCGAAGAUUCAAUUCAUGUUUUCAAAUGACAUCGUUCGGAGCUACAGAAAUAGUUCGAAAUACUAAUGCAAAUGGUCUACAAUUCAAUUCUACAUUCAAAAUCAGAGGCCAAGUUUAUCAUAAAAUGGGCUCACUGCUGCCAAUGCCAAACGAACCACAUAAAUUCUUACAAAUAUACUUUAUGGGCGGAGAUGAUUCCGGAAGCGCACUUGCCAAUCGCGUGAAUGCACGUUGUUAUUAUAAUAACCUUGAUUCACUUUAUGCCAGGCGCAUCGUCGGCGAGCUAGAUGCUCUUUUGAACGAGCACAACGAGUUGUUGAAAAUAUUUAAAUUACAUAUGCACCAAUUACAAAGCGAUAAUCACGCUAUCGUCAUUAAUCCUGAUAAAACACCAGCUGGAGAGCAUUUUCGUAGAUUCAAUGCACCCGUUGUUGAUGAUGUUGCUGGAAUCAUGGUUGGCGAUUGUACAGCUGCACGAGAAAUUGUGAUUCGUAGAAGAAAUAAUAACUUUCAGUUCAUUGCUGACACACAUCGUUCAUAUGACGCUCUCCAAUAUCCGCUAAUAUUCUGGAAGGGACAAGACGGAUAUUGCAUAAACAUAAAACAACGAGAUCCCGUAUCAGGAGUUGAAACAAACAAGAACGUUAGCUCAAAGGAUUAUUAUGCGUACCGAUUAAUGAUUAAACGUGGCCUGGACAACGUCAUUUUACGAUGUCGUGAGCUUUGUCAACAAUUCAUGGUCGACAUGUACGCGAAGAUUGAGAGCGAACGACUACGAUACUUAAGAUAUAAUCAACAAAAGCUGCGCGCGGAAGAGUACAUUCAUUUGCGAGACGCUAUCAACAACAACGCCGACGUCGCCGAAAUUGGUAACCAUAUAACAUCUUUGCUACUGCCUGGUUCAAAUGCAAUACAUCGCCAUGACAUUACAGCACGUGUGUUCAGACAAAAGUUGAAGUCUUUAAUAAGUUUCAUUACUAAAUCACAUGUAUUUGGUCCCACACGUUGCUGGAUGUAUUCGGUUGAGUGGCAAAAGCGAGGAUUACCUCAUGCACACAUUUUGGUUUGGUUCAUCGACAAAAUCCGUCCUGAAGAAAUCGAUAGUAUCAUUUCUGCGGAAAUUCCAGAUCCAUCCACCGACCAACUGCUGUUUGAUAUUGUUACAACAAACAUGAUUCAUGGUCCAUGUGGUACUCUUAAUAGUUCAUCGCCUUGCAUGGCUGAUGGAAAAUGUACUAAAAAUUUCCCUAAAGAUUUUACCAAUGAUACGGUCACAAAUGUCGACGGAUACCCAAUAUAUCGUCGAAGAAAUCAAGAAAAUGGCGGACAGUCAUUUAUUAAAAAUAUCAUCAACACAGACAUUGAUAUUGACAAUCGUUGGGUGGUGCCAUAUUCGCCUCUGCUGAGCAAGACAUAUAAUGCUCAUAUUAAUGUUGAGUUCUGCAGUUCUGUGAAGAGCAUCAAAUACAUUUGCAAGUAUGUCCAUAAAGGCAGUGAUAUGGCGGUGUUUAGAGUGGAAAAUAUUAAUGUGAAUGCUCCUCCAGUGAAUAAAAACGAUGAAAUAACGCUCUACCAAAUUGGUCGGUACAUCAACUCCAAUGAAGCUGCUUGGCGUAUCUUUGGUUUUCCAAUUCAUGAACGGGAUCCAGCAGUUGUUAAGUUAGCCAUCCAUCUUGAAAACGGUCAGCGUGUAUUUUUCACGAACGAGACAGCGAUUGAUCGUGCAAUAAAUCCACCUAAAACUACACUCACUGCAUUUUUUGAAUUGUGUAAUCGUGCGGAUGAUUUUGGUGCCUUUGCACGAACAUUACUCUAUUCACAAGUACCACGCUAUUUCACAUGUACUCAAACAAAAACAUGGAUGCCCCGCAAGCAAGGCUCACCAGUUGCUGCAUGUCUCAAUUUAUUUAAAUCAAACGCCUUGGGGCGAUUAUUUACAGUCAAUCCAAGACACACGGAGUGCUUUUAUCUUCGACUGUUGUUGGUUAAUGUUACUGGCCCAUUAUCAUUUCAAGAUAUACGUAAAGUGAAUGGGCAACAAUAUCCAACGUAUAAAGAUGCAUGCCUUGCACUCGACUUGCUUGAAGACGACAACCAGUGGGAAUGCAUGCUUGCUGAAGCUGCAUUUAACUGUACAGCAAUACAAAUUCGUCUACUAUUCGCUAUAGUGUUGACUACAUGUUUCCCAGCCCGAGCACAGAUAUUAUGGGAAAAUCACAAAGAUUCAAUGACUGAUGAUAUAUUGCAUCAACAUCGUAUACGGUGCCACGAUCUAACCAUAACAUUGAGCGACGAAAUGUACAAUGAAGCAUUGAUUGCUAUUGAGGAUCUUUGCAUUGUCAUUGCCAACUUACCACUUAGUAAUUUCGGUAUGAAUUCGCCAAAUCGAACUGCAUCUGAUUUAAUGAAUACUGAAAUGAAUUGUGAACUGCAGUACAGUACUGUAGAAAUGGCAGCGAUUGUUGCCCUUUCAGCUGGACAAGGUGGGUUCUUCUUUUUGGAUGCACCGGGUGGAACUGGCAAAACAUUCGUUAUUUCGCUAAUUCUUGCUGAAAUACGAUCAAAUAAUGGGAUCGCAUUGGCCGUUGCAUCAUCGGGCAUUGCAGCAACUUUAUUGAAUGGAGGUAGAACAGCUCAUUCAAAACAAUCGUCCAUGGCCACUGUGCUGAAACGGUGUAAAAUUAUUAUUUGGGAUGAAUGUACUAUGGCACACAAACAUUCACUUGAGGCGUUGAACAGGACAUUGAAAGAUAUUAAAAACAGUGACAAACUAUUUGGCGGAACUCUGUUGGUCCUUUCAGGUGAUUUCAGACAAACACUUCCAGUCAUUCCACGUUCGACAUACGCUGAUGAGAUCAACGCGUUUGCUUAA